AUGGAAUGCAUUUCACGUGGUGCUUGUGUCACCGGCUGUAUAAUUUAUUGGAGCUAUAAAUAGCCCUGACAUGUAACGAUUUCAACAGAGAUGCUGCGGCGAGUUGGCCUGCAACACAAGUUCUCCAGAGAAGACAUGAAUUCGAUCGCUACUCCCUUCACGGGAGCUCUUUCUGUUUCUUCACCGGUCCAGCACUGCAAGCUCGGAUCGGUGAAAAUCUGCUCAAAAAUCGAGCUUGCAAAAGUUGAUCGGCAAUGGGGGAAAAAUUUCAGGGCUCGGCCCGUUCGCAGUGCAGCAACGGAGUCCAUGGCGGGCGUAGGCGUAGGCGUGGGCGUGGAGGAGGUGGAGCAAACGGUGGCAACGAAGCCGAAGAAGAAGCUGGCGGACACAUGGAGAGAGAUCCAGGGGGCUAAUGACUGGGAAGGUCUGCUGAAUCCCCUGGAUGAUGUUAUCCGCAGGGAGAUCAUCCGGUAUGGAGAAUUUUCUCAGGCCUGCUAUGACGGAUUCGACUUUGAUCCGUUUUCGAAAUACUCUGGCAGCUGCAAAUAUCACUACAAGGAUCUGUUCGAAGGCGUUGGAAUGUCCGAUUACGGGUACAGAGUCACAAAGUAUCUGUACGCGACUUCCAAUAUAAAUCUUCCAGGGUUUUUUCAGCGGCCUAGGGUUCAGAAGCUGUGGAGCAAGCACGCAAACUGGAUGGGGUUCAUCGCUGUGGCGACGGACGAGCAAGAGAUCGAACGGCUCGGGCGGCGGGACAUUGUUGUGGCCUGGCGAGGCACAGUUACUUACCUCGAGUGGAUCGCCGAUCUCAUGGAUUUUCUGCGCCCUGCGCAGUUCAAUCAUGUCCAUCCGCAUGCAGAUGUCAAAGUAGAGUCCGGCUUCUUGAAUCUUUACACUGCAGAGGACAAGGACUGCCGUUACUGCAAGAGCAGCGCCAGGGAUCAGCUCAUCCGUGAGCUCAAUCGCCUGGUGGAGAUGUACAAGGGCGAAACCCUAAGUAUUACUAUAACUGGACAUAGCCUGGGCAGUGCCCUGGCGAUGCUUAGUGCCUAUGAUGUGGCGGAGCUAGGGUUAAAUUGUCCUCUAGAUUCAACGCCUAUUCCUGUAUCAGUCUUCUCCUUUGCAGGCCCUAGGGUUGGCAAUGGCGCCUUUAAAGAUCGCUGUGAAAAGCUAGGGCUUAAGUUCCUGCGGAUCGUUAAUGUCCAUGACGGCGUUCCUAAGGUCCCUGGAAUCUUUUUCAAUGAGAAGUUUCAGGUCGCCAAGGAUUGGAUUGACAGGCUCCCCUGGAGCUACUGUCAUGUCGGAGUACAACUGGCUUUGGAUCACAAUAUUUCGCCUUUCCUGAAGCCUACUAAUGAUCCUGCUUGUCUUCAUAACCUGGAAGCGCAUCUGCAUCUCCUGGACGGCUACCAUGGCCCCGGACGCCGUUUUGCCCUCACUUCUGGCCGCGACCCAGCCCUGGUGAACAAGGCCUGCGAUUUCUUGAAAGAUCAUUAUUUGGUCCCUCCAUUUUGGCGACAGGAUGCAAAUAAAGGCCUGAUUAAGAACAGCGAGGGCCGCUGGGUGCAGCCUGAUCGAAUCAGGAUUGUGGAAGACCCUAUCGCCAAACCUCUCAAAGAUUCCGUUAAUGGUUUUCCCCAUUAAUCUUCCCGUAACCUGUAAUUUUCUCUCAGAUUUCUCGUCUGUGCUCUGGGAUUUAAAUCCAUUGCUGUAAAUAUUUAUGCAAUAGAUGUAUCGUAAGAUAUCACGAUAUAUUUCUUCUGAUUUGCUAGUGAAAUAGCUGUAGAUUUUUGGUGGGAGGGCACUCUAUGGAAAUUCUCAAUGUUAGUUCUGCAAAGGCUUUUAAAUAAGCGAUUUGGACGGCUUUUGCUUCAAAGCUCUUCUGCUUUAAAUCUAAAUAUUAUACGAUCGCACUGACAAUUUUCUGUA